UUUUUGCGAUUCACCACUAAUGACUGACUUUUUUGUGGUCCCCCAAAACUGCCUUCCGCUUCUCUAAUCAGAUGAUAAAUUUCGCGGCUGUCCAAAACUGGUUUCGUUGUUAUGGGCCUGAAUGACGUGUGUCCCGCUAAGACGGAUGCUGAAGAUGUUUGCUCAGUCAUCAACUAGCAGUGCUGAAACAACGAGAUGAAUUCAGCGUUUGCUCUAAAAUCGUUCUUAUUUAUCAUCAUCGGUGUACAAUGUAACGCCCACGUUCCACCGCCCAGCUGUGGCCGCCGGCAGAUCAAGCUGCAGCAGCUGGUAACCCACGGGUACACGACGAACCCGGGUGAGUUCCCGUGGCAUGCGGGUAUUUUCAUGACGACCGGAUUUCAAAAGUCCUACAUCUGCGGAGGAUCGCUGGUGAACGAGCUGAGUGUCAUCACGGCGGCCCACUGCGUGACGGAUCCGGUCAACGGGCUGGUCACGAGCCCGGCCACUUUGUUCGUUCAGCUGGGCAAGUUCAAGCUGAACCUGUACGGGGACACCGUCCAGGAGCAUGCCGUGCAGCAGGUGAUUGUAUGCGAGGACUUCCAAACCAAAACCAGCAAGUAUGAUCUGGCCAUCGUACGGUUGGCAACUCAGGCCAGGUUCACCGAUUACGUCCAGCCGAUCUGUGUGUUUCCGCAGCCACCGGGGAUCAAUUACAACGAUGGUUCUAUUCGCGGAACGGUCGUCGGAUGGGGUUAUACGCAGUUUGAUGCACUGGCGGAUGCGCUGCAGGGAACGACGUUGCCGGUUGUUGGACACACCAAAUGUUUGGAGAGUAAUCCGGAACUGUUCGAGCGCACCCUGUACGACGGGAUGUUCUGCGCUGGGUUCAAGAAUGGCACCAACGUGUGCAACGGCGACAGUGGCGGCGGCAUGUACAUCAACCGCAACGGCCAGUGGUUCCUGAUCGGGGUGGUGUCGUUCACCGCUGCCCGGGAUUCGAACACCAAUCUGUGCAGCACCAAGGACUACACGGGCUUCACGAAGGUUUCGGCCUUCCAGGACUUUAUCGUGACCAAUUGUGGCCUGCAACCGGUCACGGAACGUCCUGCAGCGGUUGGAGGAGGCGGCAAGCAGAAGUACUUCCAUGCCACGGAUUUCGGGCUGGAACAGAAGAUGAACUGGUUCCAAGCUGGGGACUACUGCCGAUCGAUUGGUCAACACUUGGCUGAGAUUAAGUCCGGUCAGGAUCAAGCUAAGGUUAAGGAGAUUGUGGCGAAAGGAGGAAUGGAAACCGAUGCCAACGGAGUUGCCCGGCUGAAGCAGUACUGGAUUGGGGCAAACGAUUUGGGUGUGAGCCGUGACUUCAAGUGGCAGUUCAGUGGGAGGGGGAUCACAUUUACACAUUGGCGCCAAAAUGAGCCCAACAACGUGAACAACAAUGAGCACUGUGUGGCCGUGCUGGGCAACAAGCAAGCCUUCUGGCUUGAUGCAAAUUGCAAGGGAAAGCGACAAGUGCUCUGUGAAGUUUGGAAGUAAAACGAGCUUUCGAAGAACUAUUUUUAUGUUUCUUUAAUUGAUGACUUAAUCUCUUUAUUACACUCUGGCCGGCAACACAAAAGACAGUAAAGGAUAUUUACAAUCAAUUCAUUUCCCUUAACGCUAUACAAAACUAAAACUUGCUUCACUAGUCGCUACAUACUACUCUCUUCACUGUCGUAACAUUCUGUAAGAGAGGAAUAUUCUUUGUUUGAGCUUACGAUUCUUGCUAGAUAAAUAAUUUCUUUCUUUUUAAUGGUAGAUGUUUUGUAACUUUUGUUCCUUUAAAACUUACUUUUGUCACAACACGUUACACGAUAUGGUACUUUAAGUUAGGUGUAAACUUCUUACAAAUUAAAAGAUUUGAACAGACUUGUUUCUUUGAAAUUGGCUCAGACUGUUUGAACACUUAAACAAAUACGAAAACAAAUUCAAUGAUCGGGGCGUUCAAAGGUGCUGAUGGUCUGAUAGAUUCAUGGCAAUGCAAUCUGCUUUGAAUUAGUAAUGUUCGAUGGAUGUCUUAGAAUGCUAACCAAACUAACAACGAUGAGUAUUUU